AUCCAGGUCUGUUAACAAUACAAACACGCCACUCGUAAAAAAAGAGCCAAAGCGAGUAUCUUCUCAUGGAAUCCUCCCACCAAUCCUCCUAUAUAUAUCUCAAGCCUUACUUCAACUAACUCCUCAAUCCUCACAAUCACUAUUUCUUGAGCAUCACUUCACUAACGAGAUCAACCCAUGGGCAAGAACAGAAAGUGGGCACUGCUAAGCCACCUGACGAGGGCCGUGCUCAGAUUCACCCGUCGCACCACUUCCAUUCUCGGCUGCUGUGGAGUCGGUAGCAAUAAUCACGAAAUACGGAGGCUUAGGUCGUUUGGCAAUUCUUUGCUGGGUGUACACAGAAGUAUCAUGGAAGAUACCGUGACUUCGACGCACGAAGAAAUUCAGUUCAAGAGAGCUCAAUUGUAUCGCGGCAAGGAGAGUGGUGAUGAGGAUGGCGGAGCGGAAGAAGAUAUAGACGAGAGGGCGGAGGACUUCAUCGCAAGGUUUAGACGCCGACUCCUAAUGGAGAGGCAGGUUUCUUUGGCUCUACGUUACAAACGAGGGAAUAGUUUCUAAGAGACGCGAGGUUCAUAUAAUAUAUAUGCUACGACCUUAUUGGUUUACUUUUGAACCUAUAUUAUUAUAUUGAGAGUAUGAAAAUAAAAAAGAAAGGAAUGUGUAAUUGUUAUUAUUGUUGUUGUUGUUGAGAAGAUAAUAUAGGCAGAAUAGCUCAUAAUUCAUGUCAUCAAUUCCGAUAUUUUGUUGAUCAUUAUUGUAAUUGAAUCCUAUAUAAAUGUCUUUGCAAAC